GAGAAAAAGAAGCUUUUGUUUACAAAAAUUGUCGGAACGAAAAUUCUACGGUCAAACCCAAAAAAUUUCGAUGAAAAAUGUGAAUAAAAGUGCCGCCGUCGGGAUGUCCGUGCUUCCGCUCAAGUAUUCGACCGCGCUCAAGCAGGCGGUCGCGCCGAAAUCCGAGUUGAACCGGUGGUUGUUCGGGUUUGUCGUCGCGUUGGUGUUGUUGGUUUGGUUCGGGGGCGGUUCCAGCGCGGAGGGGGACAGCGAGCGGCUCUCGCUGGAUCUGGUGGACAUACCGCAGAUCGUGCUCGACCAGGAUGCCGAGCUGGCCCGGGCCAGGAAUCGGAACUGCUCGUACUGGGACUGUUUCAAUGUGUAUCGGUGUGGCAAGAGGUCGGUUGGAGGUGGUGGAGGAGGAGGAGGGUUAGGUGGGGGUGUUCCGGGACCUGCUGGAGGGAGUGGGGAGGAGCAGCAGGAGCGGAUGUCAAUUUACGUUUACCCGCUCAAGGAGUUUGUGGACGGGGGUAGUCAUAAGCAGGCUUUCCAGCUGACGAAGGAGUUUUACACGAUUCUGAAGACGAUUGUGGACAGUCCGUACUACACGGCCAAUCCGAACGAGGCGUGCCUGUUUGUUCCGACGCUCGAUACGCUGAAUCAGAACCGGAUCGAUGUGAAUCUGGUCGGGAAGGCGCUGGCCACGUUGCCAUACUGGGAAAACGGCGAGAACCACCUGCUGUUCAACUUCAUCGCCGGCACCGCCCCGGACUACAACACCGUGUUGGACGUGAACACGGACCGCGCCAUGAUCCUGGGCUCGGGCUUCGACAGCUGGACGUACCGGCCGGGCUUCGAUCUGGCGCUGCCCAUGUACAGUGCCAUCCUGGACCAUCACCGGCCGAGGCGCGACCAGGAGCGGAAGUUUCUGCUGGUGAGCUCGCAGUUGAACAUCUUCCAGCGGCAGUACCGGAUCAUGCAGGAGCUGACGUACGACUAUGGGAAUGACAUUUUGCUGCUGCAGCGAUGUCCGACGAGUACGGUGAAGGCCGAGGCUGAGGCGAGUUUAGUUGGGGUGGGUUCGGCGUCGUCGGCGUCGUCGGAUGAGAGUCCGGAGGAGAUGUUGAAGGCGGUGAAGGAUGUGAGGUGUAACUUUCCGCAGGGGAAUGAGUACGAAUAUCCGAGCGUGCUGGAGAAUGGGCAGUUUUGUUUGGUUGCGCGUGGGGUGAGAUUGAGCCAGCCGACGUUGAUGGACGCGUUGGCCAGUGGGUGUAUUCCGGUUAUAAUGGCGGACAAUUUGGUGCUUCCGUUUGGGGAAGUUCUGGAUUGGGAUCUGGUUUCGAUUCGGAUUCAUGAGAAUAAUUUGCACUCGGUGAUUUCGACGUUGAAGGCCGUUUCGAAGGAGCGAGUUCAGGAACUUCGUGCCCAGGGAGCUUACUAUUACGAUCGGUAUUUUUCCAGCUUGAAAAAGAUCGUUUUGACGACACUUGAUCAACUGAAUGAUCGCAUCUUUCCGCACCUCAGCCAAACUUACAACCAUUGGAAUGUUCAGAAAACGCAACAAUCGACUCAGAACCCACUUUUCCUUCCGUUGAUCGCGCCGAAAGCGCAAGGUUUCACCGCGGUGAUCCUCACGUACGAUCGCAUCGAGAGUCUCUUCAUCCUGAUCCAGAAACUGGCCACGGUCCCCUCCCUGCAGAAGAUUCUAGUCAUCUGGAACAACCAGAAAAAGUCCCCGCCCCAUCCGAGCCUCUUCCCGAAGAUCGGCAAACCCCUAAAGGUCAUCCAAACCGCUGCAAACAAACUCUCCAACCGGUUCUACCCGUACGAAGAGAUCGAAACCGAGGCGAUCCUCACGAUCGACGACGACAUCGUCAUGCUGACCGCCGACGAGCUCGACUUUGGCUACGAAGUGUGGCGCGAAUUUCCCGACCGGAUCGUCGGCUUCCCCUCACGAACCCACGUCUGGGACAACGCCACGAACCGGUGGCGCUACGAGUCCGAGUGGACCAACCAAAUCUCGAUGGUCCUGACCGGGGCCGCCUUCCACCACAAGUACUGGUGCUACGCGUACACCUACUCGAUGCCCGGCAACAUCAAGCAGUGGGUUGACGACCACAUGAACUGCGAGGACAUUGCGAUGAACUUCCUGGUGGCGAACGUGACGAACAAACCGCCGAUCAAGGUGGCCCCGCGCAAGAAGUUCAAGUGUCCCGAGUGUACGAACAAUGAGCAGCUGUCGGCGGAUUUGAACCACAUGGUGGAACGGUCGGCGUGUAUUAAUCGGUUUGCGGAAAUCUACGGGACGAUGCCGCUCAAGACGGUCGAGUUCCGGGCGGAUCCGGUGCUGUUUAAGGAUAAUUUCCCCGAAAAGUUGAAGCGAUUCAACGAUAUUGGCAGUUUGUAAGGGAGCGGGGUAAGUCUCAUCAGUCAUUGCAUUUAGUAGGGUUUAGUGGUGUAAGCUUGUGCGUAGCGUUGUUUGACUCCAGUGGACAUUUUGCAAAAACAUCUACCAAAUAUCAGUAAGAAAUCCUUACAAUAAAGAAUUGUUCGUAAGUUAGUGAA